UUUAUAUGUUACUUAUAUUUUUGUAUACGCGUCACCUGGAAAGUCAAUAGGUUUGACAGUUGUGAGGGUAGGGUUGGUACGCUUGUCAGGAGUAAAUAAACUAAACUGAGCGUUGUGUUGACGAAGAGUAAACUCUGGUGUGCAGUAAACUCCAGCGACCAGUCUUUAUGUAAACUGUACACGCAAGUCAACACCAAGGUCAUCAACAUGAUGGGAAAUAGAGAAAAAAUGUACGAGGACUUGAACUUUCCCUACUGUGACGAAGUCAGCAAAUACGAAAAACUUGACAAGAUUGGCCAAGGAACAUUUGGUGAGGUCUUUAAGGCACGUCAUAAAAAAACUAAGAAGGUUGUUGCUCUUAAGAAGGUUCUAAUGGAAAACGAGAAAGAAGGGUUCCCCAUCACUGCCCUUCGGGAAAUCAAGAUUCUACAACAACUUAAACAUGACAAUGUUGUCAAAUUAAAUGAAAUAUGUAGAACAAAACCAUCUGCAUACAAUCGAUGGCGCUCAACCUUUUACCUGGUGUUUGACUUCUGUGAGCACGACUUGGCAGGCUUACUGUCAAACUAUAACGUCAAGUUUAGUCUGGGAGAGAUUAAGAAAGUAAUGCAACAGUUACUUGAAGGCCUCUUCUACAUCCACAGUAGUAAGAUUCUACACAGAGAUAUGAAGGCUGCAAAUGUACUCAUAACAAAAUCUGGAACGUUAAAAUUAGCGGAUUUUGGGCUUGCACGAGCAUUUUCUCAGAGAAAUGGGCAGCCAAAUAGGUACACAAAUCGUGUUGUUACACUCUGGUAUCGUCCACCAGAGUUGCUACUCGGAGAGAGGAACUAUGGGCCGCCUAUUGAUCUUUGGGGAGCAGGUUGCAUAAUGGCAGAAAUGUGGACACGAACACCUAUUAUGCAGGGCAGCACAGAGCAACAUCAGCUUAAUCUCAUUUCACAGCUCUGUGGUUCAAUAACUCCUGAGGUCUGGCCAGGAGUGGAAAAUCUACCACUUUUCUCUACUAUGGAACUUGCCAAAAAUCACAAGAGAAAAGUCAAGGAAAGGCUUAAGCCCUAUGUCCGUGACCCUCAUGCCUGUGACCUUAUAGACAAGAUGUUAACUCUGGAUCCUUCCAAAAGAAUGGAUGCAGAUUCUUCAUUAAAUCAUGACUUCUUUUGGAUGGACCCGCUACCAUGUGACCUGGGCAAGAUGUUGUCACACCACACCCACAGCAUGUUUGAGUUCUUGGCUCCUCCUCGCCGUGGGAAGCAGCAGCAACCACAGCUACCGCCUCAGCCUCCACCGCAACAACAGUCACAGGCAGGCCAUUCCUCCCAGCAGAGCCAAGCAUCACAACCAUCGGGACAGUCUCAACAGGGAGGUUCUAGAAGUCAUAUGCGCUUCGAUCUGCCUCGAAUCCUGCCAAACUUGCUGCCGUGUUAUGGUCCAUCAGCUCUGCACCCAGCGCCUGCUCACUGUCAAUAGUCUCCGAGAUACCCAGAGGAACAAAUCUGUGUGGCUGUUCCUACUAGUUCUGACACCAUACUCUUCUGUCAGCUGCCUCACUCCCAAUUCUUGGUCACAUUUCUCAGUCAGUUUACCCCUUUUUUUCACCCCCAUAUUAAAAUUCCUCUUCUUUCCUCUUAUCUGAUUAAGUCUGAUUACCAGCUGGCAGAUAUCUUUUCUACUCAAAUAAUAAAAUAUCCAAAGAAUAAUGGAUAAAAUCCUUAUAUAUUAUGAGGUCACAUGCUUGAACAGACGGAAAGGUGCACAUUGCCUCGACAUGUCCAGUUACAGUCUGGCUUCUGUACACAAUUAUUUUUUAGAUACAAUGUAUGUUAUAAAAUUUGUGGCAAGAGUGCAAGUAGAAUAACACAUACCUAAGAAAAUGCAUUUUUGUAUUUAUAUACAGUAUACUACUAGAUGUGUGAUAAUUAUAAAACUUAAACAAAUAUAUACCGAGGUGUAUUGGUCUAGGUUUUCCUGUUCCGCUGUAUCAAGGGUUAUCCAGUAACCAGUUCUACUUCUCCAGGGGUUCCAUUCCAACACAAUCCGUUCAAUAGAAGUUGCACUGUUAUAUUCCUAUAUUCAUAGGAUAUGUAUUACCUUAUUUAAGUAGUUACCUAAGUUCUGAGAUAAAUACAGCAGUUUAAAAACCUUGAUAAUACUGUAAUAAAUUUUUAUAUUGUUUGUUCCAGGUACAGUAAUAAGUGUUAUCUUCUGAUUGCUUUGAACUCCAAAGUAUAGAAAAUGGCUAUUAUUCCCCCUUCAAACUUUGCUUUGGGCUUUGCCUCAGACAGCUUAGGGAAGACCUCUCGAAGGUACCUGAAGGCUGCCAACUUUUGAAAUGAUGUGUCAUAGUUUUAGAUAAGGAGUCUCCUACUUUCACGUACAGUACCUUCAAGACGUCUUCUUUAAACCGUCUGAGGCAAAGGUCAGACCAAUGCUUGAGGGGAAAUAAUAGUCAUUUUCUAUGCUUUAGAGAUAUAAGUAAUUGAAAAAUAACACUACCCAGGAAUGAAAAUUGUUAUACUGUAUUGUGUAAUUAGGGCAUAUAAGACCAGUUCUAUCUAUUGUUUGACAAUUAGAGUAGGCAUUUACACAAAUUCUUUUUACAAAAUACAUAUUCUAGUUAAAUACUUUAUAGAGGUCUAAGAAAUUUCUUAAAUUAUAUAGUUUCACCAAUGUUGAAUCCAUAUUAUAAUAAUAUUUAUUAUAAUAUUAGAAUAUUUAUAAUUCAUAUAAAUAUUCUGUACAUAAAUCCUCCUAUAUACCAAAAUUGUCCAACGACCUGUGAUCAUUUCGGUGAAUUUCCACAAAGUAAAAUUUUUGUAGUUCACAGUAUUUAAAAAAAUUACCUGUGUACCAAAAUGGUGAAGCUGUGGCCAGCAUUCUUUAAGCAUUUACGGUCACUCUGCUUACACAAUCACGAUUCUGAAGAUCUUAAAACUCUUCAAAAUAAGGUACAGUAUUCAGUUACAUACUUUUCUGUGGUACAGUACCUUCAUUGUCAGGAUCAGCUCAAUCCUUGCUUUGUGUAGGUAAUGGUUCAAGUGAAAGGAAAAGUGUCACUGUAAUGCUAAUUUCAAGAUGUAAGCAAAAAUUCAUGGUCUACCUCAACAUUUUCUACUCGGACAUCACUGUUUAAUGCUGUUAUGAAUAAUGAAUGUGAUGUGUUUGCUUUCCCAUCAUUUUUCCCCUCUCUUAUUUGUACUGUAAAUACAAAGUAUCAGAAACAGUAAUACAGAACCUAUGGUAACAUUCAGUCAUAAACAUUAUUAGAUCGGUUCAGUACCCUAUAGAGCAGUGUUGACCUGUACUGAAUGAGCUAACUAGCCUCUCCAUAUCUACUCUACUAUUCCCCCUCCCAACCCCUCUCUCCUUCCCUUCUCCAUACCUUUCCUCUGUCUUUUUCCCUUUCACCUUAUCUCCCUUACUUGCAUUACAAAUAAUAAAGGAACAUACACAAGAAGUUUUUGGUAAGCAAAAGUCAUAUUUUCAUAAAAAAAUGUAUUGAAAUUUUUUUGUUUCAUAUGAAUAAAUAAAUAA